ACGCAGUUCAAAUGUCAACUACUGUGAAACUUGAAAGCCAUUUAUAACGGCCUUGCAAUAUAGAGAAUACUGUAAACAAAUGUUAUUGGCUUUAUUUCUUUUGAUAAUUCUACUGGAGCAGUUCAAUGGAUAACUAUUUUAUAGAUGCGCAUCGCAGGCGAGGUGUUAAAGUACUCUUUCCUAGUUAUCAGUUGCCAGUGAGUGUUGAAUGUUAUGGCUUGCGUUCUCAGUUGAAAUACAACGUCGUGGUGGAAAAAAUGGAUCUACAAAAUUUGAUCCAAAUUCGUCUAACCGAGACAACAGAUCAGUCUAAAAUGUUCAUCAGCACAAUCGAUAACAAUAGCUAUGAACAAAUUCGUACCGAGCAGUCGUUGCACGUAACAUUCCAGGGAUUCAUCGAUCAUUUAACAAAAAUACUGGAAAGCUGCAAAAAGGAAGAACUACACAUGAGCAUAGUUAAAGAUGAUAACAUUCAUCUAUUACAAUUUUAUGAGAAAAGUUCUUUCAAGAAUCUUACGCAUCUGUUUCUGCAAAUAGAACUAGCAUCGACGGAAACAAUUCUGUUCCACAUCAAUCUCUCGUUGCAAUCGUUACAGGAUCAAACAGCAGGCUAUGUUGUACAAAUACAAAAAUAUCAUUUAGAAUUGAGCAGCAGAGAUGAAUCGAUCAACCGACUCCAGAGUGAUAUUCGAACGUUGAACGCAAAACUCUUGGAGCAGGAAAAUAUGAUUUUCAGUCGGAAUACAGAGGAAAUCAAUCGACUACAACAAACUAUUAAACACAUUAAUGAAUCGAAGGAUCUGGAAGAAAAGCGGUUGAAAGUGAUGAUAUCCGCUAUGCAGGAAAAGGUUGAUUCGCAGAAUAAAGAGCUGUUGACAAAUGCAGAUAGGAUCAUGCAAGAAUCUAAACGUUACGAAUCUGUACGGGAAGAGAAUAUCAAGUUGAAAACUCUGAGUAGCCGCGUCCGAGAUGAAAAUGAACAGCUCAAAUCCGAAUUGCAAUCAUACCAGUGUCGCGAUGGGAAACACGAAUCUGUCAUUGUAGACCUGCGAAAACAAAUAAUCGAACUACAAAGUAAGCUGAAAAUAACUGAAAAGCAAAAAUCUGAACUUGAGGCUGAGCUAGAAGCGGAACGCAAUAUUUGCCAGACGAAAAAGAAUGCCUUGCAACUUACGACUGAUGAAAUUUCAAAUGCAAAUAUCGUGAUAAAUAAUUUAAACAAAGAAGUGAUGAAGCUGAAGAGCAAGGUAGAGUUGCGGACGGAGAUUGCAAUGAGACAAGAAAAACUGAUACAGAAUAAAGAAAAAGAAUUCAAUGAGCUUCAAGAAACAGUAAGACAAAUUCAGCAGGAACACAUGAAGAAUCAAGUAACAAGCGAAGAAUAUGCACAAUCGGUUCGGAGAAUCAAAGAAACGUCCGAUGCAAUCGAGGAAAAGUAUAGAAAAAAAAUCAACGAUCUGAUCAUGAAAGUUUCUCAAUGUCAAAAUAUUGAACCAGCAUCGGUGACAACCACACAUUAUUCAAAUCGAUAUCUGAGGCCGCAAAAUCGGAUAGAAUGAUGACAAAUUUGUUUUCAAUUGUACAG